CUCGAAAUGGAAGAGAAUGGAUUUGAGUACCUUCCUCCUAAAGCUCACCCAAAGAUUGGGUAUAUUCACUAUAGGAGGCAGAAAAUAGACGCUAUUCUUAUCAUGAGGAAACAAAUGAAGGGAAUCCAAAGGAGACAAAUCCCCAUCUACCACCUCUACUAUAAGCGGGGUCACUUCUUACAUCGUAAUCAUACUGUAUUUUUACUUAAUUAGCAUACCUCUUGAAUCUCGUAUCAUGUAUCGAUAUAAGUUACAAUCUGAUAUUGUUGAACUGUGUUUAUAUCAUUCAUGCUCGAGCUUGCAAUGAAAAUCUCAUUCGCUAAUUACCAGUUUAGUCUCUCUUUUACUCUAAUGGUAACUUUCAUGCGCUUCUCUCUUCAUCCACGAAAUUCAAAUAGCACGCGCAAACCACGUGCAUAAGUUGGCGUAUCAAUUCAAAAUCACGGAUGCCAUCAUGCACUAUCACUGCUCGAGCCCUGAGAUGAGAGCACCGCUCUCGACCGUUAUCUCCCGCCAGAAUUCAAGCUCAAAACUCCUCCAGUCCUUCAGCUUCUCUACUUCAUCCAACAUCAAAACCCUCAAACAAACCCACGCCAACCUAAUCCGAACCCAAGGAAUCCACAACCCUCUCCUCAUCGGCAAGCUCAUCGCCGACAUCGCCACCUCUCACCCCUCAAACCUCCCCUACGCUCGCUCCGUCUUCUCCCAAGUCCAAACCCAGCCCAAUACUUUCACUUGGAACUCCUUAAUCCGAGGCUACGCUCACUGCCAAAACCCAACAGAAGCCAUUGCCCUCUUCCGGCUCAUGCUCUGCAAUGGCGUCUCCCCAAACAACUACACUUACCCUUUUGCCCUCAAAGCCUCCGCCUCUCUCCCGGACCCAUGUGUCGGCCUCUCGCUUCACGGGUCCCUCAUCCGUCGAGGUUUCGAAGAUUUUGAUGAAUAUAUUCAAACUUCGCUCAUUAACUUCUAUGCCUCUUGCGGGUCUGUAGAUGUCGCAUGCAAGCUGUUCGAUAAAUGUCCUGUGAGAGAUGUUACUACUUGGAAUGCGCUUAUUAAGGGGUAUAUCGAAUGCGAGAGGUAUAAUGAUGCGAUUCGAGUGUUUAGGGUAAUGCAGGAUCGAUCAAAGGUUAAGGGUGAUGAAAUCACGAUGUUGGCUGUUGUAUCGGCUUGUGCACAUCUUGGGGCGUUGGAGGUGGGGAGAUGGAUGCAUGCUUAUAUUGAUAGGAAUCGAAUGAGGACGAGCUUGAACUUGGCGACUGCGUUGGUAAAUAUGUAUGUAAAAUGUGGGGAGAUUGAGAUUGCGAGCUCGUUGUUUCGGGGAAUGAAGGAGAGGGAUGUUAGGGUUUGGAGCGUGAUGAUCAGCGGGCUCGCCAUUCAUGGGCUUGGAAAAGAGGCAUUGGGGCUAUUCUACGAGAUGCAAUCAAUUGGAAUCAAUCCCGAUUCUGUUACACUCACUGCCGUUCUAAGCGCUUGUAGCCAUUCGGGCUUGGUUAAUGAGGGGCUCAAACUGCUUGAUCGGAUGCAAAUAGAUUAUCUCGUUGAGCCAACAAUAGAGCAUUAUGGUUGCAUUGUGGAUCUUUUGGGAAGGGCGGGGAGAUUAAAAGAAGCCCUAGGUUUGAUUCAGAGAAUCCCUCUGAAGCCUGACGUGGCUCUCUGGGGCGCUCUUUUGGUCGCAUGCAGGGUUCAUAAGGAUGUUGAUAUGGGAGAAAAAGUUGCAAAGGAAAUGCUUGAAUUAGAUCCUCAUCAUGCUGGAGCUCAUGUGUUCUUGUCGAAUGUAUAUGCUUCUUAUAAAAAAUGGGAGCUUGUCGAAGAGGUCAGAAACUCAAUGAAGGAUCAAAAGAUCAGAAAACCUCCGGGAUCGAGUUUAAUCGAAUUGGAUGGAGUCGUGCAUGAAUUUGUAUCAGGAGACAGUUCACAUCCUGAUUCUCAAAAGAUUUAUUUGAUGUUGGACGAGUUUCGAAGAAUUAGGAGAAUGAAAGAGCAUCAGCCGUUCAGUGGACAAAUGUUGUUUGAUAUUGAAGAGGAGGAGGACAAGGAGGUAUGCCUUUCUCAACAUAGUGAGAAAUUGGCUGUUGCUUUUGGGUUGAUUAAGACUAAACCAGGUUCUCAACUGCGCAUAGUAAAAAAUUUGAGGAUUUGUGAAGACUGUCAUUCGUUGAUGAAGAUGGUGUCUGAGUUCUUCAAGCGUGAUGUGAUUGUUAGAGAUAGAAGUAGAUUUCAUCACUUUCGGAAUGGAGAUUGUUCGUGUAAAGAGUAUUGGUGAUUGAUUGAGGAUCAAGCUCCCCUCGGGUUCUAAAACGAUCGUCCCGAGUGGCUGCCGAGCAAU